AGUGCCAUGGUUUGAAUUUACUAUGCGCUCCUUAAGAAGGAUGCUAUGCUUCUCAUCACCAUCAACACUUUCUGCGUUUUCAUUCAGACUUUUUAUCUCUUUGCUUACUUUUACUACGGUCCCAAGAAGGAAAAGGUGGAGACCGUGAAACUUACCCUCUUAUUCAAUGUUUUCGGGUUCGUAGUAAUCUUUUUCUCAACAUUCUUCCUACCAAACUCUUUGACCCGUCUUCAAAUUCUGGGAUAUAUUUGCAUGGCAUUCUCUUUGUGUGUGUUCGUUGCACCUCUUGGAAUUGUGAGAAAAGUGAUAAAAACCAAGAGUGUGGAGUAUACGCCAUUUACUUUUUCAGUUUUCCUCACCUUGGGAGCAGUGAUGUGGUUCUUCUAUGGGCUUUUGUUGAAGGAUAUGAACAUUACCGUUCCGAAUGUACUUAGGUUUAUCUUUGGAAUUCUUCAAAUGAUUCUUUACGAUAUUUACAAGAACCACCCCAAGAAAAUUGUUGAAGAUCCGAAGCUUCAAUUAUCGGCUCAGCACAUCGUUGUCGACAUCGUAAAAUUCGGAUCCACCGUGUGCUUGGAAGUGACGCGGCUGUGA